AUGGGACUCAAUUUUGUUAGACAAGGAUCUUCAGUGCGAGAAGAGCCAGUUGUAAUCUUAGAUCGUGAUGUCCGGAAGCUAAGGACCAAGGAAAUUAAGUCUGUGAAAAUCCAGUGGAAGCAUAGUGCAGUAGAGGAAUCUACUUGGGAGACUGAAAAGGAGAUGCAAGACAACUAUCCCCAACUACGAUACCAAAGUCUCAAUUUGGCUUCUCCUCCUACUGUCCAUGUUGUUCUGUUCCCUUUCAUGUCCAAAGGCCACACAAUUCCCAUGUUCGACCUUGCUCGCCUUCUUCUCACCCGUAAUAUUUCCAUCACCAUCUUCACUACUCCUGCAAACCGUCCAUUCUUCUCCGAUUCCCUUCCGAAUACCAACAUCAAUAUCAUAGAAAUCCCUUUUCCUCAAAACAUACAAGGAGUUCCACCAGAUGUGGAAAGCACUGAUAAACUUAUAUCCAUGUCACUUCUUUAUAUUUUUGCCAACGCCACUAAAUUGAUGAAACCCCAUUUUGAAAAGGCCCUGGAAUCUCUUCCCCCAGUUACUUUCAUGAUCACUGAUGGCUUUCUCAGCUGGACUUUAGACUCUGCAAACAAAACUGGCAUCCCGAGGCUUGUCUAUUACGGCAUUAGCGCAUUUUCAUGGGCAUUGUCAAUUUCAGCUCUUUCAGUUCUUAGGAAAGAAGUGUCCGACGAUGAGUCUUACCAAGUUCCUGAUUUCCCCUGGAUCAAACUCACUAGGAAUGAUUUUGAUUUAUCAUUAACCCAAAGGCCCCCUUUCUGA